AUGCAUCAGAAACAAGAUUAUUCUGAACCUUCUAAAAAAUCUGAUAUUUAUAACUUAGGAGUGCUGUUCUGGGAAUUGGCAAGUUGUGCAUCACCUCUCAAUUCUGAAACAACAGGCGAACCUUUUAUUCAGAUCGAAUUUCUUAAAGGUGUGAGAGAAAGCUUAUUCAAACAACGAAUCAAGCAUGAUCCAAACGAGAGACAAGAUAUUGAUCAAGUAAUUUCAGAACUUAAUAGUAUUGAUCCUGAAAGUCAUUAUGAUUCUGAUUCUAAUGAUAAAGAAAGCGAAAAAUUAGAUGAAUUAGAAAGUGAAGAUGAAUUUUCAGAUUGUGACGUUACAUUAUACA